AGGAGGAAUUUGUGUGAUUCUGCUAAACAGCUGACCACUCACUUCGCACGCACUGCCCUCCCUCGCUCUCACCUCCUGUCCGUCCAUACCUCCCUUCCUUCUUCCUUUAUUCUGUGUUCUCCGGUGAACUGCGUUGAACUUUGUAAACUGAUAAUCCUACGACCACAGGCAGCCAUGGUAGCAGAGACGGGGUCGGGGUCGAAGUGGAGGCUGGUAUUGAGUAUGUCCCUGCUGUUCAUGCUAAUCCUGCAGUCUGGACACUGCCAGAAAGAGGAGGAGGAAGCCAAGACUGUAGUGGGGAGGAAGCCCAAGACCACCAAGACCAAACCUGGUCAGAGGCCAGGUAAAUCCUCCAGGUCAGGCACACCCAAACCCAGGGUGAAGGCCCCCGCCCCCCCAGCAGCCCACACUUAUCUGACCCAGGUGGUGAACAAGGGUAAGUUCCAGAAGGUGGGGGACACCCUGAGUGUGCGGGCUGGGGACACCCUGGAGCUGAGGUGUAAGGGGAGUUCUGUCCAGUGGGGGCUGCCCCCCUACCUGGAGGAAGAUGACGAGGGAAGACUAAGGACUGCCCAGCAUGAGCGGUACGGUACCCUGACACUGGCCAACUCCACAGGGGCAGACACAGGGGAGUACACCUGCUUCCCCAUGUACUGUGAGGACACCGAGUGCAGGAAAGAGUACGACAAAGCCGUCAAAGUGUUCAUCUUCUUCCCUGACCCUCAGGAGCUGUUUGUGCCCUCGGAAGACUACUAUGAGAUCAUCCAGCUGCGAACCAAUUGGCCGACAGUCCUCCCCUGUCAGGUGACGUCCCCCGGGGCCAGGGUGACGCUGCACCGGGAGUUCCCGCCCGCGGAGGUGGCGGUGGACGGGACGGAGAUCUCCUUCAACGUCAAGCGGGGCUUCACCAUUCACCGUCCCAAGCCACACCACGCUGGGGGGCUGUACUGCGUGGCCAGCCUGGGGAACCUUCGACAGAGCUCCACCAAGUACAUGCUGAUCUACGUCAACUACCCCAUGGCCCCUCCCACCCCGGUGAUCCAGGCCUCGUCCAGCUCAGUGGGCCAGGGCGAGAACCUGCAGGUGGUCUGCACCGUGCUGGGGGAGCAGGACGUGCUCAUAGACUUCAGCUGGGAGUACCCCGGGCAACAGAUGGGCCGGCCCCUGUACACCCAGGACAGCGUGAGACCCGUGGGGGGCGGGGCCGCCCGGCAGCAGUCCCAGUCGGUUCUGCUGGUGGACGAGGUCAGAGACGUGGACCAGGGAACCUACACCUGCACAGCCCAGAACCUGGAGGGCUCAAAGUCUGCAUCCACCACAGUCAAAGUCCUGACAACGCCCAGGAGCAAAGCUAAACCCAAACCCCAGAAACCAUGAGGUUGUAGGAGCUACUGUUGCUGGACAGCUGAGAUAGUGACUGACAUCCAGCCUUGAUACAGUGGGAUAGACAGGACGACCACCCGGUUUUAGAGCUUGAUGAAAUGUUGCAUGUUGAAGUGUCUUCUCAAAACUGUUCUGUAAACUGUAUCAUCAUUUGAGAGAGAGAGAGAGAGAGAGAGAGAGAGAGAGAGAGAGAGAGAGAGAGAGAGAGAGAGAGAGAGAG